AUGACCUUAAGAAGCGGAAAGGAAGUUGAGGGACCCAAACUCGUGACUCCAAAAGAUAAGAAUAAAGACUGGAUCGAAAAAGAACUUGAGGAGGAAGGAACAAGAAGCACGAACCCAGAGGUUGGAGAAGUCGAAAAGCAAGACAAAGAGAAAGAGAUCCUAGAGGCGUUUCGAAAGGUAGCAAUCAAUAUUCCUUUGUUGGACACGAUCAAGCAAGUGCCAAAAUAUGCUAAAUUCUUGAAGAACUUGUGUGUCAAAAAGAAAAAAUUGAGAGGGGAUAAGCAGAUUGUGGUAGGUGAGAACGCCUCAAUGAUUUUACAAAGAAAACUACCACCUAAAUGUGGGGAUCCAGAUAUGUUUAUUAUCCCCUAUAAGAUCAGACAUUCUAAAAUUAAAAAUGUCAUGCUAGAUUUAGGGGCUUCUAUUAACGUGAUGCCUAAAUCAAUUUAUAAUUCCUUAAAUUUAGGACCUUUAAAAGAAAUAGGGGUAAUAAUUCAAUUGACUGAUCAUAUAUUUGCUUAUCUAGAUGGGGUAAUUGAGGAUGUUUUAGUGCAAGUAGAUGAAUUAAUUUUUUCUGUUGAUUUUUAUGUGCUUUAUACGAAUGAUAGAAGUGCUCCAAAUCUAUCACCCAUUAUAUUAGGAAGAACCUUCUUGAGUACUACCCAAACUAAGAUUGAUGUUAGUGAGGGUACUCUUACAAUAGAAUUUGAUGGAGAAGUAGUCCACUUUAAUAUUUUUGAUACAAUGAUACAUCCUGUUAACUCUCAUUUUGUGUUUGCCAUUCAUGCUAUUUAUCCCUUUGUAUGA